AUGGAUCUUCCUGAUCCAGGAAGAGCCCACAUGCCUGAGAACAAGCGCCUGCUGGUCCACUUUGCUCUCGGCCGCGCUGGCUCCCGGCUGCUGGGCACAGGCUUCUCGGGCUGCGGCGCGUUCGGGCCGCUCCUGGCUGCGGGGCCCGGGCCUCUCGCCGUGGCAGCUUCUCCCGUUGCCGGGCACAGUCUGGAGGCACCGGGACUUCAGGGGCUGCACCUCAUGGGCUCUGGAGCACUGGCUGCUACAGCCGCAGGCCAUUCGGGAUCUUCCCAGCUGCUGCUCAGCCGUCCGCGGGAGCGCGCGCAGGCGCCGUACGCACCGCCCUGGAAGCGGUCUCGACUCUCCGUACCCGCUGCGGCCGAGAGACAGCCCGGGUGCCGGGUCCCAGCCUUUUCUGGGAGGGGAAGGGGAAGAAGACGCGAGAGGGUUCCGACCACUCUCCGCCGUGUGGGACGGAACCUUUGCCCCGCCCACCGCUGCUACGCAACCCGGCGGAAGCCCGUCACCAAGCUCCGCCUCUCUGUCUAA